ACCCCGUGUUGUUAUUUUUGCCCUCAUCGAUGACAGCCUAACGCGAAGCCAAACGAGAACAAAAAUUCCCAGAAAUUUGGGCAUUUGCUCGUCGAGGUGAAGACGUCAACUCGCAUUUGUUGUUCAGCUUCAGCCGGGCCGAAGCCGUAAGAGGAUCUGGGCCACCGCGGUACGAGUGACGGCUGAGCCAUGCAGGAUACCAUGGACAGUCCGGUGGCCGUGAAGGUGGAGGGCCACUCCCGCAGCGUGAUCCUCAGAUACUUCCACGGCGACAUCGGGAGCAUGGUGGACGCUCACUUCACCCGCGCUCUCAGCAAAGACAACACGGCGGUCGCCAAGCCCAAGAAAAUGCGAAAAAACAUCAAAUUGGAGGAGAGCAGCACCGCUCAGGCGAACCUGGCCGAGCAGCUCCCCGUGACCGGUCGCCACCUGGCCUUCGGUUCGGCCGAGGACCCUUCUGGGCCGUGGCACUCGUUCGUGGGCAGGACCGGGGAGGCUCCGGGAUUGCCGUCCACCGCGUAUUCGGCGGAAGACCUGAGCUUGACGGGGCAGCAGUACGCCUCGUCCCUGCUCAACCUCCUGCACGGCGACCGCGCCGAGAUGGGGCCCGGCGUGGCUUCCGGCUCCAAGGCCGAACACCUGGCCAACUGGAUGGUGCCUCAAGGAUUUAGAGACUCUGUAGAGCCUGCUGGAGGCUUCCAGACCGGACAACGUCUGGACAAGAAAGACUUGUACUGGUACUGAGAGGACUGUGUGGUGGGCGACGGCGUGGAGACGACACCUGAGUCAUCAGCGGCGGGAACAGGAACGCCAGCAGGAAAUGUUGCUUCUCUUCUUGCAAUUGUCAGCGGCGCCUCAGCACGCGGCGGCAGAAUGAAGCCCAACCCGAUGAGCCAGUUUUGGUCGCUGGAAGGAAAUUGCAUGUGUUAAUUUUUUCCUUAUCAUCAUCAUCAUCAUCAUCAGGAUAUGGAGCAGUGCGCUAUCAGUAAAGUCUUCCACUGGGGUGGUGAUGUCAAUACGGCCUCUUUUGUUUUUUUCCAACUGUAAUUGUAACACAGUUAACCCCGCCAAGCUAAGUCUAGCCUGGGUUGUUAGUGGAAAUGAGUCUUUUCAUAUGUACUUCCAAUGCGUUUUUUUCAAAUUAUCUGUAAGAUAUUUAUUUU